AUGGACCCUCCAGAAACCCCAGAAAGCGCCCUGCGCAUCUGGUACACCCACCUCUGGGCCCCCAAAGUCGAUCUGAUCGGCGAUAUUGCCGGAAAAGAGCCAUUUAUCAUCCAUGGAGAAUCGCUAAUUCGCUACUGUCUUGAAGAAUCGCCGGCUAAUUUUCAGGAUGGAUUCCAGCUGCUUCACGCCGUAUACUUUGUCGAACGAUUUCUCAGCAACUUCCAGAAGAGAGGCUGCGACUUUGAUAUCGUCUUCUUUCGAAAUCUAAGAGAUCUUUAUACGGUCGCAUUGCGGUAUACCAUACGCCGCCUGAUCUCGCGUGGCAAGAAUGUAGCCGUAAUCAACGCUCUGGAGUGGAAAAGCUCAAAAGUAAGGUUGAUCUCCCUUUUGUGCGAAUUCGAGGUACUAAUGUGCGUCUUUUCCCAGGCAUACGCUCCCUUGCUGAGCAGAUCGCCCGCGCCUCUUAGGCCAGUUCCGGCAUUCUUACUUCAUCUUGCCGUACUCAAACACUGCACAUUGCUUGAGCGUCAGCAUUGGGUCGGCUCACAACGAUGCCAUUCACACCCUGAAGACACCGAAUUCCUGCGUCAGGUCAUUGAAAUGUCAUGGGCAUUGCUGGAAAAGGACGAAUGGAUGACCAAGUUGAACGUGGCUGACGAGAAUUGGGAUCUGUUUGAUGCCAUUGAUGGCUCCUUGUUUCACUUCAUUCUUGAGACUCUGCGGGCUUCAAAGUGGCUUCCGGAUCCCAUCAUUCAGACUUGGCGACAUCUUUGGUCAGUGUUCUGUUCAGGAGCCGAUGGAAAUUUCUCAGAGCAACUGCCCAAGCUUAUCUAUUCGGAGGAUGAGCCACUUUUGAGGGACUCGAAUGGUGUGCAGGUCUCGGCUUUGCCAUUUAGCCACCCUGUACUCAACGAUUUUCUCCAAGAUAUCAAGUUGAAAGAGAGUCAAGGCAUACAAGACAAAUCUUCUAAAGCUGUCUUUGAAGACCUCCACCAUUGGCAUAACACAAAGCCGCUUCUACCAACCAGAAAAAUCGAACAACUUGGUUUCUUCGCGAGAAAAAGAAGACAAACGCUUUUGGCCAGCAUCGUGGCAUAUUCUGCGAGUCUGACAAAUGCAAAGGGAAAACUCCUUGACCCGGAGGCUAUUGUCGUGAAGAAAGACGCAGCGACAAGCAACCCCAAAAACAAGAAGGCAAUUGCGAAUACUGAAAAGGCGAAUAAAGACAAGGAGAAGAAAAAGUCUCAAUCUAAGAAGCCAGGACGGCAUGGAAAUAAGCCCGGUGGCAAAGAGAAUGCAUUGAGAGCCGCGGAGGAGGUUCGAUUGCAGAAAGAUUCCACCAAGCGAGACAAUACUACCGCACUUUGGAAUAAGACAUGUCGAGAGCUUGAAAAAGAGCACGAUCUGCUUGCUCGAUAUCUCAAAACUCUGGUAUUCCUGACAGAGAGAACCAAAGACGACAACACGGCAUUGGGUUACGAAGUGCACCUUUAUCUCUGCCAUAUCCUCGCGCAGUUGUGGGCAAAGGCUCGACCAGAAGCAAGAUCAGAGAAAUCAUACUUGAUUGCGCUUAUCUGGAAAUGGCUUCAAGAAAUACAGGCCGCCAAAGUCUCCAAGACAGUGAAUCAGGCAGUGCAGAAGUUGACCAGCUAUCUUGCGAUACCAUUCCCUUUGCUCGAAAUCGGCAAUCAGACACAAGAGUUGUCUUUCAAAUUUGACUAUCACUCCUUUAAGAGCAUGAAGAAGAUCAUGCCAAACUAUCGCGAGAUGCAGCUCGAAUACGCGGCCCCCUAUAUGGAUCGAAGAUUCGACUCUCAGCCAGACGAAAAGAAAAGGGUGCUGUUUGAACCCGACGGCUGGCAGCGCAAGGUCCUCGAUUCAAUUGAUGCCAAUAACAGUCUCCUUGUUAUUGCACCAACAUCUGCGGGUAAAACGUUCAUAUCGUUCUAUGCGAUGAAAAAAAUACUUGAAGAGAGCGACGAGGGGGUUCUAGUUUACGUUGCACCGACCAAAGCCCUCGUGAACCAGAUUGCCGCCGAAGUUGGAGCUCGCUUCACCAAGUCUUACAAAAAUAGAGAAGGAAAAUCUGUUUGGGCCAUAUACACUCGUGAUUACAGAAUCCAAAACCCAACAGGAUGUCAAAUAUUGGUGACUGUCCCGCAUAUGCUCCAGAUAUUGCUAUUGGCACCAACAAAUGCCAAAGGGCCCAAUGCCUGGUCCAGACGUAUCAAGAGAAUCAUCUUUGAUGAAGUUCAUUGUAUCGGUCAGGAUGCCGACGGCGUUGUAUGGGAACAGCUGCUUCUAGCGGCUCCGUGUCCAGUGAUUGCCCUCUCGGCAACAAUUGGAAAUCCUGAGCCCUUCCGGGAAUGGCUGUCGCAGGUACAGCGGAGUAAGGGCCUGAAGCUCGACUUCAUUGUGCAUACGGCGCGAUAUUCGGAUCUCCGAAAAUUUAUGCACGUACCCCAAGAGCGCGAGCCAUUCCAGGGGCUUCGUCACAAUCAAUUGCUUCCUGUUCCCGGACUAGACGAAGGUGAAGACUGUUGUACCAGUCUCAAGUUUAUUCAUCCUGUAGCAGCUUUGACUGAGAGGGCUCGUACAGCGCUCGAUGAUCUUUCUCUGGAGGCGAGAGACUGUCUCCAUCUGUGGAAGAGUAUAAAGAAAGUGCUCUCAGAUGAAGAAAUCGCCAAGCUUGGGGUUCCCGACCCCUCUACCAUUCUCCCCGAGACGAUAACCAAGUCGGACGUCCUUCGGUUGGAGACGGAGCUCAAACAAGCACUUCGGCGCAUCAUAGAGACACCAGGCUCGGCGUUUCAGGAUAUAAGAAGCUCUCUCGAGCCACGUUGGACUAAUGCAAGGGCUUUGUCUUCCAAUAUUGGCGUUAAGCGCGUUGACGAUUUGGAAAGCCUCUUCAAUUUGGCCGUCGAUCUGUAUAGCCAAGGUGCUCUACCCGCUCUCAUAUUCCACUAUGAUACUCAUGGAUGUGAGCUUAUUAUGAAGCUGAUGCUUAUGAGGCUAGUCGGGGCCGAACAGGAGUGGAAGGAAAAGUCACCUACGUGGACCCAGAAAUUAAAAGAUUUUGAGGCGUGGAAAAAAUCCGAAAGCCUUCGACAGAAGAAGAAGCCGGUCCAGCGAAACAAAGGCGACGCCAGCGAUGGCUCCAGGGUUUCCAAGCUAGAGCAGCUGCGCGAGGAGGCAAGCGCCGACAUUAGUCCUUGGGAGAGCUUCAAGCCAAAUGAUCCGUUGGAGCAGUUCAACUUUGCAGACACGAAGAAGAUGCAAAUGUCUGAGGUGGUUGAAAUGAUCUCGUCGCUGCGAGGCCAGGUUGCACCGUGGCUGCUGGAGGCUCUUGGACGCGGCCUUGGCGUGCACCAUGCCAGUCUGAACCGACAGUAUCGCCAAACGGUCGAGGUUAUGUUUCGUAAAGGGUACUUGAGGCUGGUUGCUGCAACUGGCACGCUUGCUCUUGGUAUCAACAUGCCUUGCAAGACAGUCAUCUUCCAUGGCGAUUCUGUAUUCCUCACGGCUCAAAACUUCAGGCAGGCUUCAGGUCGUGCCGGUCGCAGAGGCUUUGAUCUUCUUGGCAAUGUCGUGUUCAGCAGAAUACCACGAGAACGCGUAUAUGAAAUCAUGUCGGCGCGGCUCCCGGGCCUCAAUGGACAGUUUCCCAUAUCUACAACGCUUAUCCUCCGAUUAUUUUCAUUACUUCACGGAUCUGGCAAUUGCGAUUUCGCGGUGAACAUGGUCAAAUCAUUGCUAUCUCAGACACGUCUAUAUCUCGGCGGACCGGAAUCAGAGAUGUCGAUCAAGCAUCAUGUCCGAUUUUCCAUCGAAUACCUUCGGAGACAGGAUUUGCUUUCGGCCACUGGCAUCCCUAUCAAUUUCGCCAGUAUAAUAGGCCACUUAUACUUUAUGGAGAAUGCAGUGUUUGCCUUUCACUCGCUCUUGAGUGGUGGUUAUUUCCAUGCGCUUUGUUCAGACAUACAUGUAGACCGCGAUAGAGUGCUUUUGGAGAUGAUGUUAGUGUUGUCACACCUAUUUGUUCGGGUACCAGUCAAGCGCACCAAAAGGAUGGUUGAGAUUGCUAAAACAUCCUCGUCUGUCAUAUUUCUCCCGCCACUGCCGCAGAACGCUGAAACUCUGCUUUUACAACACAAUGAAGAAACUCUCUCUAUAUUCAAGAGAUAUGUGCAGUCGUAUGUCAGCCAUAGCCUGAAAGGCAAGAGGGAUCGAGUGUUGCCGUUCACUCAAACAGCAGUAGGCCAAGAAGAGCCGGUCCAUUGGGUUUCAGCCGAUUCUGGGGCUUCCAGAAUGGUCAGAUCUCCCUUUGUUGCCCUGUCUGGAAGUGCAGAUGACUUCAAGACAAUUCAUGAUUUGUGCCAGACUGUUCGUGGAGAUGUAUUCUUGGAAGAAUCAGCCAUCCCAUCAAUCCCCAUCUGGCCACACGAUACAGACGUGGAGUUUAACGCUUACCUGUAUGACUUUUACAAGCACGGCAGCAUGGCUGUCCUGGUGAGGGAUAACGGUAUUCGACGUGGAGACGUGUGGUUUCACCUCAAAGAAUUCUCUCGCACGCUGUCUACCGUCAUUAGCAAAGAAGACUUUGAAGACUUUGAGAGUGAAGCAGAAAUGGCCACUGCGGAUGAAGGCACCAGCUCUGAUCCUAAUGGAGAGAGCAGCAGUGUUGAGACGCCACCGUCUUCUGCCACUCUGUAUAGCCAGGAUCAAGACGAUUAUGCAGCGACUGGGGCAUAUCAAAAGGGCAGUCUUCUUAGAGUACUCCACGCAUUCACCAUUUUGAGAGAGGAGUUUGACACCAAAUUCCGCCGUUUGUGGGCGUAAAAGACUUGUUUCUGAAGGGGCUGUGUUGGAAUCUCAAGACAAAAGAUUGAUGGUAUUUGUUCAUAUCUGAGAUUGUAAAGUUUAUGUAGGUACCUAUGUUUGGAAAUUGGCAAGACUAUAAAAGUUUGG